GAGUAAUUACGCAACUACACCUUCAAGAGGCUCCGCCACCGCAGCUCUCGCCUGAUAACUCAAUUGAAGCCGUGUGGUAAGCACCAUAUCUUGGUGGGGUCCUCUCUAGACUAUGUACAACCUUCUCUGCGUCGCGGCUGCGGCUCUGGCGUGCUUGUCCACGGCAAACGCAUUCGGGCUUGGGGGCGGAGCGGCGAGAGGAGCAUGCAGAGUCUCACACGCAUCAAAGGCUUCUUCCGUCACUAGCGUGACUCGCCGAUCCCUCGUGCCGCCGUCGAUGUCGACGAUGGAGGCGUCCGGGGCGGCCGAUGUUUUAGCAGACCUCGACGAAUUGGACUCGGUCAUGGGCGUGGAAACGCAGGACCAGCAGGACCUCAAGCCGAAGCAGGCAUACCUUAACAAGCUGGCGGGGCAGGCCGCGCAGCUCAAGUGGCGCAAGAACGACCUGGACACGGGCUCGCCUCGCAUCGUGGUGGCCAUCCUGACGGAGAAGAUUGUGUACCUCACCAAGCACAUGCAGCAGCACCCGCACGACUACCACUCCCGGCGCGGACUCAUCACCAUGGUCAACAAGAGGCGUAGGCAACUGAACUACUACUUCAGGAAGGAGCCCAAGGAGUGCCUAGAGAUGUGCGCGGCGCUGGGGAUCCGAUUCCGCCCCAAGACCAAAGUCAGGGGCCGAGAACAGCGUUACGCGGCGUACACCAACACCAAGUCCAAGAUCGGUAACGCCCGCCGCACGGCGAUGCUCAACAAGGAGCGAGUGGACCACAAGCAGGUUCUCAAGGAGCAGAAGCUGGCUUCCAGGCGGGCCAGGGGCUACGAUAAAUAAAAUUGUCGUAUCCGUCUGUCGCCGCUCGGACGGCGUGCUUGGUGUCAGGGUUGUUGAUGAUCCGAUACUGCCGCAAGAGGUUGUUAUGAAGCUCAUGAAACGGUGUGCAGGUUUUUUCUUUUUUCCAUGCUGGUUUGUUUGUCUGCAAGGUUGUCGAGAGCAUUGAAAGGAUUAGGUGGGUUCAGUGGGCGGCGGGAGGGUAGGGAAAGGUGACGGCGUUUAUGUGAUUGUGUCGGCAUCUUUCUGGCCACGCUGUUUCGCGAGGGGAUAACCUUUUUGUCGUUUUGGUCCGUGAGGUUUUGGUCACCGGUUUGAUGUUUAAGGAUCUGGCCGUUGUGCUGCUGGCCCCCCCGUAAUCGUGAGCUUUGGACGAUUCGUGAUGCGCGAUGGCGCUUCAGUCGUAUCUUCGUGUCCCGACGGCCUAGUCUUCCUCCCCGCUGUUCUGUAAGUGACCGGACCUAAGGCUAGCGGUGCGUUUGUAGAGAACAGCAAGCUACGCGUCUGAGCGAACGUGCAUCUCGAGAUCUAGGAGGCACGCUCGUCUUCGGCACGCCGAAGGCAUGGCACAGCAGUAGCACCAUUUUGUUUCCGGGAGGGGAAACGGACAGGGAAGAUUCGAGAAGCUAUAGCGCGGUAGCCUUGUUGCGUGUUGCCGCUCUCGGAAGGGAUUGACCAAUGUGCGGUCUCCCUCCUUAUAGUCCGCUUCCACAGCCGAAGGUUUGUGGGGCCGACCAUUCGUGUUACAGUUUUAGAUACAGGCUGAUUGGCGACUUUCGAAUCGACUUCCUUGACGAAGUAGUGCUUUCGGUACGCGAAAUUGGGAAGAGGCUUGCACGCAUGGUGUGUGGCUGUAAAAGUAGCUGCAAUGCGCGAGCGGGCGUGUAGCCCUACGCUUUGAAUUGUUCGACUGACUGGUGAUGAUCAAAUCGCGAACCCGAUAUUGUCGUCCGUGUGAGGAUGCUAUCCGUGAUAUCUACUACCCGUCUCAGGACGACGGAGUCGGAGCAUUACAUGCUCGAGAGUGUUGAGAAAAGACUCAUCAUCUAUCUGGAUAGUACAUGUUUGUCUUGGAGAAGGAAUUGUGUUAUACCUCCCACCCUUUGCGAGUCUCCAUGCCUGGGACGCUGCCCUUGUCUCGCCACUACAGGGUCUUUGGUUCACACAAGUUUGAGGCGGGUGAAGAGGAAUGAACACACACACCGCGCUUGAGCGCGGUACGCCACCCAACACUAGAAAUCAACACUAGAAAUCUGGGAUGAUUUAUUUUGAGGAGUGGCCAAAAUCAAAGGACGUGUUUGCACGACGCCGCCGUAAAGCAGUUUUUUUCAUGUCCUCCAACAGCCUAGACUAGUCUACGGGUUCCUGAAGAGAGAGAUGAAAGGUGCCCGCAGUUUUCUGAUUGGCCAUUUUUUUUUUUUUCUUAAUAUGACACAACGAGUCCAUCUCUAUCAUAGAAAAGAGUCAGAGACAGAUUAACAAUGGAAUCAUAGCGUCAGAGAAAACUACCUGUGUGUCUCCGAUUUCCCAGACAGCAUAUAGGGACAUCUCCCCUGUGGGUAACAGGCUCAACAAAUCAGUUUGGUAGCUGUCUUGUGUGUCUCAUAUAUGUUAUGUUGGGAAGGUGCAGACGAAAGGUGUUGGGUACUGUUGGGUAGUCGGGCGUUGUGUGUGUCGCACCCUAUUAGUUCUAACACAUGCAAUCUCCAUCAGUUUACAAACAUAUUCUCAGUUUGGUAUGCAUAUGUGCGGAGUAUGU